UAAUGACGCGACCACAUCAGCCAAGAAUAGACUUAAAUCACGGAUUUCUUCGAUUUAUUAGACGCAAUCAAGUUGAUCGCGAUGAGUACAAUCGAGUACAUGAAGAAAGAAAAUCAGAGAUUCGCGAACGAAUUGGCAGCAGUGAUAGUUCACAGGAUGGUGAAGAGAAAGCUCAGUCGAACGUCUAUGUUCCGCCACACUUGAGAAGGCAGAAAAAGGAAAAUGAAGAGAAAUUUUCAGCUUUGAAAGCUUCCCGAUCACAAUCCCAAUCAGACACUGGUUCAGAAGAAGGCGAAGGAGCAUCAGGAGGCGGUGAAGCCAGUUGUCCGAUUCAACAGAAACAGAAAGCAUUUGAUGAAAAUGUACGGAGACAAGUACGCCGAAGAAUCGAACGAACUCACCCGACAGUCGAUGAUAUUUGCAUAGUAUUGGCCAAUUAUAGCCUUCAGGAAGCCGCUUCAAAAAAUUCAGAAAAUUCGAAUGAAGACCUUUUCGAGUUGGUUUUGACGCUGAAAUCCGGAGAACAGAAGACGAUUGGAGUGCCCAGGAACACACAAGCCGCCCGUCUCGCGAAGUCUCUUUCCCGCGAACAUCAUUUUUCGGACUCCCAAUGCAGAAAUUUGCGAAUUUUCAUUGAAGAGCAACUCGAGCUCCGAUUUGCUCGUGAGAAGUCAACUGCCACGUCAUCAGAUGCAUCGAUUCCCGGCUCUCCGACGUCUUCAUCGGAAUCAUCGAUUAUAGAGUUUUCUGCUUGAAAUAUCAGAGCUUUUUGUGUGACUGUGUUACUGUGUUGUUGUUGAUGUUGCUCGGCUUAAAAUAUUUUAAUGUAAUUUUUAAAUUUGUGUUAAGAAAAAAUCAAGCUCUUUUUAUAUUCACUUUUUAAAUUCAAGUUUUCUGUUUCUCUUUUCUCUGUCGCUCUCUUUGUCAUUUGUUCUCGAUUUCCCUGUUUUCUCGUCAUUUCCACAUUGACUGGUGCCGUUUUUUUGUACUUUUUAUGUCGAAAUUAGGCAAAUUUUAGGCCUGUGAUCGUGUUUUUUCUCCUUCUGUGUUUUUUUUCGAUAUACUCGCGCCAUCAUAUCGAUUUUACUUCUUCGGUUUCCUCUUUUUUCGAAUUUAUUUUAAUUUCAAAUAUUAGUUGUAAUGAAUAGAUUGCAAGCU